UAUCAGGUUACAAUAUGAACGGCACGCACUAGCCGCCCCGGGGGGGGCCGCCGGAAAUUAUCCGGGAGCUGUCACUCGCGACGUGACGCGCGCAUACUGCGUGUUUUCUGAUCGGUUACUACGUUGUCUCGCUCUUUCCGACGAUGGGCGUAUCGUGAUGUCAUGCCAGUCUUCCAGCUGGUUAUUAUGAGUCUUGUCUGGGUCUGUUUGUUUGGAUCCAACCGGGAGCAAUAACGAUGAUCGAAUUUGUCACGCUUAUUCUAACUUGAUAGCGAAAAUGUCCCGUUACCGAUGAGCUGAACUUGUUCUACAUGAUUUAUACUACAUGAUCUCUCGAUUCUUAUUGUUAGUCUUUUAAAUAUACUUCAAGUACUUUUGUUUGGAACUAUUGAUACGAUAUCAUCGCUGGGAACUAUUGUACUAUCACUGUGGUGAAGAAAAGACAACAACGAGUGAUGAUGAUUCUAGAUAGUAAAAAUGUAGAAUACGAGAGCAUCGAUAUAACAGAACCAGGCAAAGAAUUAGAGAAAGAAUUCAUGCAAGCUAACAGUAAUGCCAGGAACAACAAGUAUCCGUUGCCACCACAGAUAUUUAAUGAAGAUGAUUAUUGCGGCGAUUACGAAGAUUUUGAUUUAGCAAAUGAAAUGGAUGAGCUGGAAAAGUUUCUAAAGGUGACACCAGCGGUCAGUACCGCGGAAAUCACUCUCGAUUCAAAGUCUCAAAGCGAUGAAAUCCAAGAGAAUGGAAAUACUUCAAGUCGAGAGCCUUCUGCAGACAAAGAAGCAGAUGUAGUACUUUCUGAAAGUUUACCAAAAAGGACAACUCUAGAAAGCGAGACUAAAGCGUUAGACGACUCUAAACCAACCGAAGUAGAUAGCGCAGAAAAAGUUAUCGCUAUCGACGAAGGUGAACACGCAGAAGAUAGUGGCGAUAAAAACGAAGAGAAGUCUGACGAUCAAGAGAAAGAAGAAUAGAUAUGAAAUAUGCCCAUGUAAAAUUGGGAUAUUCCACACAAUGACAUCCUUCCUUUUCCACCCACAAACGUAUUUUGCAAAGCUACGUUUAUUACAUUACUAAGGCUGAAUGAAGGUACUGCCAAGAUAAUAUUCUGCAUUGCGGAAAGUCUGUUGAAUGAACAGUAUAAAUGGCGCAUGAAACAUUCUUUUAUAGAAUAUACUUUGUAUUUUUAGAUCAAACGCGUCUUCACCAAUGUUUCGCAACAGGUCUGAUUAGGUGAUAUGAGACAAUUUCAUAUCGCUAUCUUUACAUCCUCGUUUGUUUAUUAUUUUUGCAUUGUGUGUGUUUCGCACCGCAUCAAAUCCAAUACGUUAUAGCACACCCUCGAUAAUGGAACUAAAGUAUAGUGUAUUUUUCGUUUACACGUGCAACUUUAUUUGGUUAUUUCAUUAGCGCGUGCAAAGCGUACAAAAGUAAAUGUAAGAUACAGCAACAUAUACAUAUACACAAUAUCAUUUGAGACAUAUGUAAACAAAUAUAUAUAAACAGAUAUAGAUAUUAUAUAUAUGUAUUAUAAGUAAUUUUUUUAUUUUUAGAGAGAUAUAACUGAUUUGUUGUACACACAUGAGAAAAAAAUUUUUGAUAUUUAUAUUAUUUUUUUAAUCGAACAGUAUUAAUGAUAGGUUUGGCUUGUUAUUUAAAAAAUUUUUAUUUGAACAUUUCAUUUUUUGCGUUAAGAUACUCAAACAGUCUUUCCAAAUAUGCUAUAAGAAAUCAUUAAUUUCUUGAGCUUAUAUAUUAAAUAUAUUAGAAUUAGUUAAUAGAGGAAAGAGCAAAAGAAAAGAGAUAUCUAGAUUUUUAUAACUGAAUUAUGAGUACUUUUUUUAUGGUAUAAAUUUCCAUUUUCUACUUAGGACAAAAUUGUGUAUGACUCAUACUGGCGUGACAUGAUUUCAUUGAUAUGUGUGUAUAUGACUCAUGCUUAUUCAACAUCAGCUACGGCCAUUAGAAUCUUUGUAUCUAAAUUAACUGAUUAAAACGCAAUAUUUAAAAAUAUUCUAUUUCCAAAAACAAAAAAUUUGGCUUAUAACAGUAAAUUAUACUGUAACAAUAUAAAAACUAAAACAAAAGAGAGAGAGAAUUUCUUACAACAGCUACUAUUAUAACAGAAAACAAUAAAUUCCUUAACAUACGGAAUAACAAGUAAUGAACAAAAAAAGAUAUGCAUAAAAUUAAUGUUUAUAUAUUAAUAUUCUAAAGUAACUGAUUCAAAUUAAUAUGUUCUAAAGUAACAAUACACAAUAAUAGUAGUAGUUGUAACGAUCGAGAGGCCUAUGUGAAUUAUUGUUUCUCUUAUUAUUUUUAGUCAUUUUCUUCCUAUGCUCAGCGAGAUUAUUAUCUUGCAUAAAUCUUUUAUUGCUUAUCUAUUAUUCAAAUGAUACCUCUAUCAUAAAAAGAUUAAGCUUUACCCAGCAUUUGCUACAAGUUGCUUUGUUAUAAAUAAAUAAAUGAAAUAAAAAAUUA